AUGACUGUUCAAUACUUACUACAGAGAAGGUUGAGACAUCUACGGUCUAUAACAAUAAAUAAUGUUGCGCUUCAGGUAGACAAAAAUAUCAACAACAAAGAACAAACCUACAGGGAGACAAUUCGUUCCAUUGACUGCUUUUAUGUAAUAGAAAGUCUUAAAGGAGUAUCAUUACUUGUUAGUGAGAUACAACGAAGUCCAUUGAAAGCAAUCCAAUUCAAUGACGUCAAUUUCUGCGGUGAUAGUACCACUAGAUUUAUUUUUAAGAUUGUGGUGCAUGUACCAGAUGAUUUAUUCCCAGAACAUAUCGUGGACAAUCAGUGGUGUAUCGUAAAGGAAUACUCUGUGGAUUUAAACCACCUUCAACUUGUAGAUAGGAAAAAUGAUAACGUUCAAGCCUUAAAUGCUCCAAUUUUUACCAUGGAUGAUGGUUGCUAUACAUUGAAAGAUAUAAAUAUCGAAAGGGGAUCAGUUCCGUUAUCAAUGCACGAUAAUGAACUACAAAACAAGAUCUUUUCCACUACAAAAAAAUCAUUCACCUAUAAUACCGUUCUGAAAUUGAAUAAGUUACUCGAAUAUAUAGGUCAAACACAUGAUGAGACUAAAAAAUUAUCUUCCAAAUUAGAAAAACCAUUGAGUAAAACACAGGAAACAAACAAAUCUAAAUUUGAAAACAUAGAAACCUGCAAAGAACAAAUAAAUAAGCUGAUAACGAAGAAGAGAACCAAAAUAAAAUUAUUGAAAGAAGAAAUAGAAGGACAUGGGACGUUAAUACGAUCAAACACAGCUUCAUCUGUUGAUAUAUCAGAUAAGACAAACGUCAAUGAUCAAUAUGGGAAUAUGUACUCAAAUCUUUUCCAAACUCGGAAUAAUAUUGUUCAUUGGAGAACCAAGAAAUUGACUCAAUUAGUGUCAAUAUUCAAAGUCCAAAAGUUUUUCGAUCUAGCGAAACAACUCAACUGCGAUAUAUAUAUUUCUGUUGCGAACAAAACAAAUACAGAACUUCUUAUUCAUAGAAACCAACAAGAAAUUGUGUUGUCUGUUAUUGAAAAGGAUAAAUUACAAUUACAAAUUAAUAAAUCAUUAGAUAUUCAAGAACGUGUUAACGUAUUCCUGGGGUACUUCCUAUUAUUUAUAGACAUUUUAUCGAAUAACAUAUUCAAUAUUGUUGUUCCUUAUAAAUUAAUGUUCUAUGGGAGCACAUCCUUAAUUAACAAAGUGUACCCGCUAUAUCUACCGCCUGCAUACUCAGCAUAUAACCAAGAACGAUUUUAUGAAGCCAUUGAUUUAUUCAAUAUUAAUAUUCAACAACUCAAACAGUACUUGACAGACCAUUAUAACAAUAUAUAA